AUGUCGACCAUCCCAGGCCAGGAAGGUUUUUCUCGAAGCGUAACGUCACCAUUCGUCAAAGAGCUGUUGGAUUAUGAGAUACCAAAUACCGCAAAACUCCCGACACUCAAAACGUAUAAUGGAACCACCGACCCGGACAGUCACAUCGACACGUACGAAUGGACGAUGACGUUGCUAAAACUUAACGAGAAGUUCUGGUGCACAUACUUCCCAACGACGCUCGAGGGCAACGCCGACACGUGGUUCAAAACGUUACAUCCAGGCAGUAUUUCAAACUUCGAUCAGCUCAAGUAUCUUUUCCUCACCAACUUCAUGCAGUUACGCAAAUACAAGGGGGACUCUCAUUCCAUUAUUGGCUGUAAGCAAAGAGAGGGGGAAACUGUGCGAGAAUACUUUACAAGAUUCACAAACGCCACGCUGGAUGUACCAGGGCAUGACGAAGGCCUUAUAGCCGGAGCCUUCACGUGGGGACUCCUGCCAGGCCCUCUGUCGCAAAAACUCAUGGGAAAGAAGCCCUUAACACGAGCCGAGUUGAAGGAAAGAGUAAAGCGAUAUCUACGACAGGAGGAUGGUGAAGCAGCUAAGCAAGCUUACUUGAAUGCCAUGACGACCAAGCAUCACCAGCCGAGUCAUACGGACUUCCGAGGGGGUGGAAGACAUUAUGUUCAGGCAAGAAGACCGCCAGUGCGUUUUCGACCAUUCGCUAAAGACGAAAAACGGGGUCGUCGCCCAGAAGUGUACGCAGUAUCUGGGAAACAGCAACCGGCUAAGUCGCCCAAGAGUCGGUACUGUGAAUACCACAAAAGUAAGACGCAUGUUACGGUUAACUGUUCGGUGCUAAAAAAGGAGAUAGAGGAGAAACAACUCAAAGGAGAUCUGGUGGAGGUGGCGCGAAGUUUGCGUGCCAAGUUUGAUGCUGAGAAUGCCAAGGGCCCAUCCCGUGAGGGGGUUCAGCCCAGGGAGAUAUUCAUGAUACGCAACAAAAGAAGUAGGGAGGAACAACGGGGAGAGCAAACGACCGUUAAACUUUCAGCACGCGCGCUCACGUUCUCCAUUCAGGACCCCAGGCCGGAUGGUUGGAGAGGCGACAACCUGUUGAUAAUACAAGCAUCUAUCAGAGACGUGACUAUACACCGGGUCUACAUCGACACCGAAAGUUCAGCAGACAUCAUCUAUGAGCACUGUUUCCAACUCCUCCCUGAUCGCUGGAAAGACAACUUGCGGCCCAUGACUGGUAGGCUGGUGGGAUUCAACGGCCAUAGCGUAUAG